UCCCACCCGCCCCUCCCUUCAAAAUUCGCGGCGUGUCCUCUCUCCCUUCGCUCGUGCUCCCCCACGGCCCCUUCUCCCUCCUAGCUUUCCUCCUCGUCCCCGCGCGCAAACCCUAACCCUACCCUCGCCUCGCCCCGUCCGUCCCGCGGCGUCGUGCCAAUGGCGCGCCCCGUGUGAGAGAAGGGAGAGAGACAGAGAGGCCGCGUCGUGGGGAGGAGAGAGAGGGGGAGGAGGAAGGAGAGAGAUGUAUAAGCAGGGGGGAGCGGGGCUGGACCGGAAGCGGAUCAGCGACGCGCUCGACAAGCACCUCGAGAAGGCGGUCGCGUCGCCGUCCACGUCGAGGGGGUCGGCGGGAGGCGGCGGCGGGCGGGACCACCACCGCCUCGUCGUGCCGUCCUCCGCGUCGUCCAUCCCCAAGGGCCGCUGCUCCGAAGGGGAGUCUGAUUCUGAUAGCGAAGCGUCAGAUGUUAGUGGCUCUGAUGGGGAAGACACCUCAUGGAUUUCAUGGUAUUGCAACCUUAGAGGGAACGAGUUCUUCUGUGAGGUCGACGAUGACUACAUACAAGAUGACUUCAACCUUUGUGGCCUCAGCAGCCAAGUUCCUUAUUAUGAUUAUGCUCUCGAUCUCAUUUUAGAUAUCGAGUCAUCUCAUGGUGAUAUGUUCACUGAGGAACAGAAUGAGCUGGUAGAAUCAGCUGCAGAGAUGUUGUAUGGGCUGAUUCAUGCACGCUACAUUCUGACCAGUAAAGGACUGGCUGCAAUGCUGGAGAAAUAUAAGAACUACGACUUUGGGCGGUGCCCACGAGUUUACUGCUGCGGUCAACCAUGCCUACCUGUUGGACAAUCGGAUAUCCAUCGGUCUAGUACUGUGAAGAUAUACUGCCCCAAGUGUGAAGAUAUCUACUACCCACGGUCCAAGUACCAAGACAUCGAUGGUGCAUACUUUGGGACGACAUUCCCCCAUCUGUUCCUGAUGACAUACGAGCACCUCAAGCCCCAGAAGCCCUCACAGCGCUACGUUCCUCGCGUCUUCGGCUUCAAGCUCCACAAGCCAUGAAACCUCAUGUAUGAGGCUAUGAAGCUCCACAAAGAUGUGGCAUGACGCUGGGGGAAGACGGGAGUUUUGCAAGGUCUAGAGACCCUUGAAUUCGUAUAUAAGAGCACCAUUGGCAAGAUCAGCAGAUCGGUAAAAUUCUUUCAUGCUGCCUCACUCUUGUACCUAGGCUGGGCAUGCCUAUCCAACAUUUGAAUGUAGCUCUAAGGACAUCGAUGUUGUUGUAACCUAACUGCAGUUGUUCUUUGAUUAUUAAACCAGGACCUCCUACGAUGUAGAAUAUGGGCAUUAUUUGUGGCCUUGCGCUGAAAAUCGUUUGCAGUUCUAUCUA